GUGAACACACAUUAAAACAGACCAAAAUAAAACCUAAAUACACGCAAAAACACCUCAAUUUUCAUAGCAGCAGCUCAUCGUCAUCCGAACCCUAAUUCGCACACUAUCUUCUGUGCGAUUCCCCUUUCAUAAUUAUCAAAUUAUUACAAAUCCUUACCCGUUUCUGUAAUCCAUCCAUUUCAGAAGUCAAUUCUAGUCGAUUUGGAAAAAGAACAGAUUACUGAUCUUCUUUAGUCUAAGAUUAUUGUUGUUAGUGUUUAUCGAAUCCAAAUUAUUGUUUUCCAGUUCAAUUUUGUUGAGUUCUGUUGCUUGGUGUUUUGAGGAUCGUUUAUCUCGUCAAAUCCCCAAACGGAACGUUAUCGUUCUGUGUUAAUCUUAUCCGCAAUUUGGUACUAGUGUUGUUUUGUUAGAUUUCGAUUUCGAUUUCGAUUUUGCCGAUAUUUAAAGAGUUUUUGUGAUUAGAACUAAGUAAAUCGUCAAAACUUUACUUUCAGGUUCACUUUUGUGUGUGUAUAAGUAUAUAUACAUAUACGUAUAUAAGUGUAUCUGUUUUCAAACUAAAACCCUAAGUUUUCAAAAACUUGACAUUUCGAUCUGUUGAUUUUGCUGAAAAAUGGCUGGAGGUGGAAGUAGGAAGGACGAUUCAAUAGCGAUUAGCAGCACAAAUGUUUUUGCCGCCCUUGGAAGCUUGAAGAAGAAGAAGAAGUCGGAUAAAGAGCAUGGUUCUUCCAGAAAGGGUGGUAGCUCAAAGGGGCAGGAUAAGGAUGGGGAGAAGGAGCAGGUUUUUUGGGCUCCAGCACCAUUAACGGUGAAGUCAUGGGCAGAUGUGGAUGAUGAGGAUGACGAUGAUUACUAUGCAACCACAGCUCCUCCACCAUCUGUUUGGGGUGCUGGUGCUGGGGAUCAGGAAGAUAAGGCGAAAGGAAAUGAGACUCCAGUUGAGGAAAGUGAGAGUGAAGAUGAUGAAAUUGAUGAUGACAAUGAUGAAGAAAUCGAUCAUGAACAAGAAGCAGAAGCAGAAAAGGAGGUUGUGUAUGAAAAGCCUGCAGAAGUUUUGCCUCCAAAAGACACUGAUAGGCAGCUUUCAAAGAAAGAGCUCAAGAAAAAGGAACUUGCUGAACUUGAUGCAGUUCUUGCUGAAUUAGGAUUGAAUGACAACAAUACCCAAGAAGACACCACUAGUGAAAAGGUGGAGAAUCAAAAUGGAGAACAGGAGAAGAAGGACAAGAGUGUGCCAGCUGGCGGAGAGAGCAAAACUUCAAAAAAGAAAAAGAAGAAAGAUAAAAAGGAAACCAAAGAACAAGAACAACAACAAGAAGUUUCCAUUGAAGAAGGUGAAUCAGAAAAGGUUGAAGAGUUGUCUGGAGUGGAUAUGAAAGAGAAGAUUAAAAAAAUGGCGUCCAUGAAGAAGAAGAAAUCCAGCAAGGAAAUGGAUGCUGCCGCCAGAGCUGCCGCCAGUGAGGCGGCUGCAAGGACCGCCAGGCUGGCAGCUGCUAAGAAGAAGGAGAAGAAUCACUACAACCAGCAGCCUGUGAGCAGUAGAGGAGGUUAAGUUUAUUGGUUCCGUCAUGGCGAAAACGGUUGCAUACUAUCAAAACCGACUUGGUGAAACAUCACGUGCACGAUCUAACCUAAGAAAGCCGCCGUUACGUAGAAAUCACGAAGCCGGACACGAUCGUCUUAUAGAAGAUUAUUUUGCAGAUGAUGCCGUCUACGCUGUAAAAUUUCGACGUCGGUUCCGAAUGAGGAUGAAACUAUUUUUACGUAUUGUUGGCGAUUUGGAAGUCUGUUUUCCAUAUUUCCAAUGGAAAAUGGAUGCAAGGGGAAAAAAGGUUUCUAUCCCAUUCAAAAAUGCACGACUUCGAUUCGUCAGCUGGCAUACGGCAUGGGCACAAACAAAUGGGACGAGUACUUUAGAAGUGAUGGUUUCUCUUUACAGGAAAAAGUAUAAAUAAAUUGCUAUUACGUGUAAAACAAUACAAUUAAUUUUUUUUAUUUAGAAUAAAAAAUAAAGUAUAUUUUCUAUAUCGGCAUAAAAAGAAAAUAG